UUACUCUCGAACUCCGGAAAGACGCCGAGGGAGCGCGCGCGUGGCCGCUUAUGGGGAUAAGGAGUUUGGCAUGGUUUCUCAGUUCGUCCGUAAGUCGCAAUGAAUGAAGUUCAGGUAUGUUUAAACUCGUUUAUCCGGUCGUUUUGUUUUCGAAAAUGGAAAGAUAAACUUUCUUAAAGAUACUCCAACAAGUCAGGCUUCAUUUGGACUGAAUUUGUUUACAGCAGUCACUGGGGACAGAUCGACUGUCAGAAAGGAGGUAAGAUCGGUUGGCACUGUGUCACUCACUCACCAUUGUCUGUGUCUACAGCCUCAGCCAGUGUGAAUGAGGGCAUACCAUGCACCUGGAUACACGCUGCUUUUUUAGCCCCAGUUUUAUGUAUUUUACCUUUUAAAUCUUUCAUCAUUUUUAAAUCUUUGAUCAUGAUUAAAAGUGAAAACAAAAGUGACCGUGCACUGAGAAGUGCAUCUCCUCACAGAAACGCCUAUAAAUCAGACUUUCAUUCCAUUAAAUGCACAUUUGAUGGAAGUGCAUCGAUCAGCGCAACUUCUCCCUUCUCCAAUGGAGACGGUGAGACUCGAGGCAGACCGUCGGGUAACAAAGUGAGCAAAAUAAAAAAUAUUUUCUUGCAAAUGGAUGGAAAACAAAAUCAAGACAUUCCCAACAUCAGCAAACCCACAUCACCCAGAUUUCCAUUGGAUUCCACCCCUUACAGGUCUAGCCAGAGCAGUGUUUCUAGUCUAGAUUCAGCCACUUUUGAGACACGGAAAACAGAGGAUGUUUCCAUUAACAAGGCGGCUCUGGCUGAGAAGUUCUCAAUGACCAGAAAGCUGUUUGAGAGUGGCCUUAAAGAACAAUCUCCAACUGAAAGAUCUGCCUCCAUUAAAGUCAUCUGGCCUCAACCAAUGGAGAGACCGGAUAUGAAAGUGUCAGUGACUGGAGAGAAAAAGGACAAAACGAAUGAGAUAGAGGGACAAGCAGAAGAAAGGGAUGAUAAGGAAAAAGAGAAAGGCGAAAGUGAGACACCACCACAUAAGCUGAGCACCUCUAUGAAUGCCGGGCCAAUUUCCAGACGUCUGGAGAGUUUUAUGUUAGACAGUGAUAGCGAAUCGCUGUCAGCGGCUCCUUCCACAGAAUCCCACAGUCCCAUCAGUCAUUCCCAGUCACCUUCUGCUACUAGUGACCAUUCAGAUCCACCUUCAUCACCAGACAGCUGUAGUUCCCCUACAUCCUACUUACUAUGGGCUGAUUCACCUUCUGAAACAUGUUUCCCCAAGUUACAUGGUUCAGAUUUACACAAUCCCCCUUUGAAUGGAGUCUGUAUGCAGAAAACCUUACAUAAUACUAGUUCCACACCUGAAGAACAUGUUAAUGAAUCCCCAGAGGAUACAGUAUCAUCAGAACCCACUCUUUUGUUUACAAGUGAAAAGGUCCACAUCUUCUCAUCAAUGACAAGCACUAGUCAUGCAUCUGAAGCUGAGGAUCCUGCUUUUCAGGAGCAGCAAGGUGAAGGGACAAGUUCUGAGAAGGUUCCUGGUUUGUCCACAGUCAGAGCUGAGCUGGUGGUAGUGAAGACCGAAUCAUCUGAGAGUGAGGGCAACGAGGAGGAACUUGCUGAGGAUGAUGUUUUUGAGGAGCCUGAAAUGGAGGAACAAUCACUAAAUUACAAUUCUGGGAGAAUUUUGACCAAUAGCGAGGAACACCGAUUAACAUUCCUUGGGAAGUUGUGCGAGGAAUCUGUACACACUGGAAAAAAGGAGGACCAUAGAGGGGAGGGAAAUUUUCUUGAGGAGAACAUAAUGGAACAAGAAGAUGACGAUGAGGAGGAGGGAAAAAAAGACAACAAGGAAGUAGACCGAAAGACAGACCGAACUGAGGAGGAGGUUGUUCUAGAGAGUGUAAUGGGAGAGGGUGAGCAGAAAGCUACUGAUGUUGAAAAUAAGGAACAGCAGAAUGAACGGAGAGAAGAAGAGGAUGAGGAAGAGGAUGGCAGGGUAGAAGAAGCUGUUGAAGCUUUGGAGGAGGACGAGGAUGAACGAGAGAUGGAAGAUGAGGACUUAGCAGGAAAAGAGAGGCAGCAGCAAGAUGAUCAGGGUUUGAUGGGAAACCGAUCUUUAAUUUGUGGAAUUGAGAAUGCUGCCUUUGUGGAUGACAAGGACAACCGGACCGAUUUGGAAUGUCAAGUGAAGGAGGAAUCUGAGGAAUUUGAAGAACUUCCAGGACUUUCUGAUGAGGAAAACCUCAACCCAAAGAGAAAAAUCAAGUUUUCUACAGCACCAAUCAAGGUGUACUUCACCUUCUCUAAUGAAGACUAUGACCGUAGUAAUGACGAUGUGGACCCCGUAUCUGCAUCUGCUGAAUAUGAGUUGGAAAAGAGGGUGGAAAAAAUGGAUGUUGUGCCCAUAGACAUUCAAAAAGGAAAUGAUGGCCUGGGAAUCAGUAUCAUAGGGAUGGGGGUUGGAGCAGAUCAAGGACUGGAGAAGCUGGGCAUUUUUGUGAAAACCAUCACAGAGGGAGGUGCAGCUCACCGGGAUGGACGAGUGCGAGUAAAUGAUCAGAUUGUGGAGGUAGAUGGAAUCAGUCUGGUUGGUGUCACUCAACACUUUGCUGCCACCACAUUGAAAAACACUAAAGGUCUUGUCAAAUUCCUAAUAGGCCGAGAGAAACCAGGAGUGGAGAGUGAGGUGGCUCGUCUGAUCAGCGAGACUCUACAACAUGAGACAAGCCCUGAAAACCAGGAGCCAAAAGAUGAGGAGCAUCCCAAACCCCAGAACAAUCACCUACAGGAAGAAAAGCAGAUUUAUUACCAACAUCAGAAUCAACAGGAAAUUGAUCCACUGGCUGAAAAGAAUGUUGUGCAACAGGAUAAACAGAAAGAGGCCGAAGAGGAGCAGAGUCCGGAGGAUGCAUCCAGCGAAUUGGCACAGGAAGUGUUUUCACAACUGAAGAGCCAAGGCAUUGAUCUACCUGAAGAUAUAGAUGCUACUGAACUAGAACACAAAUUCAAAGAGCUGCAGAUAAAACACAGUGUCACAGUCACAGAACUCAGUCAGUUAAGAGAAAAGUUGGAAGUGAGCGAAGCUGAACGUAAGUCUUGGGAGGCUCGAGGUGCAGCUCUUGAAAGAAGUGUGGAAGAGAGCAAAGAGCGCAUUGAAAAGCUGGAAAAAUACUGGCUUGAUGCUCAGGGGCUCUGCAAAACCAUCAAUCAGCGUUUAAAUGAAGCCCAGAGUCAAAAUGACUCCCUUCAGCUGAAAUACAAUAAGACCAUCACGCUUCUACAGGAGCAUCAACAGAGAGAGGCUGAAUGUGGCAGGAAAGAGGCAGAGCUAAAAAGAAAACUGGAGCAAAAGGAAAAAGAGUACAAGACCAGUGUGAGGCAAUUACAGUAUAAGAUUGCUUGUCUGGAAGGCCAAGCUGGAUCAGACCAGCCCGAAGAGUCUUGCAGCCCUGCAGGAGAGAGUCAACCCAGCAGUCCAACCUCUGGUUCGUCUGAAAGAAAUGGACUUUCUACAGACGACCUUCAAUCUGAUGCAGACUGGGGAGAUGUUCCUCAGACGGCUCGUCUGGACUGCAGUGUCUAUAGAGCCAAAGCCAAACUGGUGCAGGGAUCCCAACGCAAGCGGCCGUCCCGAAAUAAACUCAGAGAGUCAGCGAAAAGCUCGCAGGGACAGAGCCAAUCACAGGAAUCUGUGUGCACGCAAGGCAAACCAGAAAGAACAAACAGUGAAAGAAGGCGAUCUUACCUCGAGAGCCUAGCUAUACCCAUUCCAACCAUACAGUUUGGCAACAACCAAACACAUGAUCUGAGAAGUGAAGGUGGAGGUGACGUAUUUGUUCAGAGCCAAACACCUCAAGGAGGAAGUAGCACGCAAGCCAGCCUUUCUCCACCUAAAGACUCCUCCACUCCUCAGUCCCCAUCAUCUUCACAGUCCUCCUCCAGUCUGUUCCUCAACCUAAGAAACAGAAGAAGUAAAGCCAAGGAGCGCAGCAAGAGCAGAGCCAGCCGAGAUGAAGAGAGUGAUGGUUCACUUACAAGAAAGUCCAAGAGACGAUUUCCAGAUUUCAGUGGUAUCCGCCGGUCUGGAGGCAAAGGCAAAAAACGGGAGAGCAUCACACUCCGAGGAUCUGUAGGGAGCAGGGGAUCAGGAGAAUUACUGGAUGAGUCGAGCUGCAAUGUUUCCCCCUCUGGCUCCGUCUCUUCCAUCCCUUCCUGUAUGCCGUUCUCCUGGUUUGGGGACAGAGACAAGGAAAAAGAUAGAGAGAGAGAAAAAGAGCGUUCCGCAUCCAGUGGCAGUCUGCCUCGCUCGCCUUCAGAAGGAUACAUAGAGGAUCAUACAAACAAGACCAGCCUCUCCUGGCCAUCUCUCCUCUCUCAUUCCUUAGAUUUGAGCUUAUCUGUGACGGGUGAUUCAGUCGCAGGUAGUCCUCGUUCUCUGUUGGCAGGGUUUCUGAGAGAGCCCCAUGUCCUUGGGCGCUCACACACACACACCUUCUCCUCGUGUGAGACUCUUGAUGAUGUCUCCACUCCAGCAGCAAAGCAAUACAUGUGGCAGAACCGCCCUCUUUCAGAGUGGACCAAUCAGCAAGUUUGCCACUGGUUGAUGGGCAUGAACAUGGAACAGUAUAUAGCCGAGUUUACAGCUAAAGGCGUGGAUGGCCAGCAUCUCUUGAGCAUGGACAGCAGUAAACUUAAGGAACUUGGUGUUUCUAGCCAAAGAGAUCGUGCUACCAUCAAGAGGAGACUAAAGGACAUGAAGAAAGCUCAGGAAAAACUUGAAAAACAGCAGGUAAAAAAAGAAAAAGAAAGAGGAAGAGAAAAGGACGCCAAUAAUAAAAGCAGACAACCAACAAACUUUGAAUCAGCCUGCUGAGGACAUAACAAACAUUGACAAAACCAUCUUUCACAGGUGAUUUGAGGACUGGUGAAAAAUUAUUCACUCUUUAAGUCUGACUGAAUACAUAUUUUUAUUGUAAAUGUGUCUUGCCUCUAACAUGUUUUUGACACAAACCAACAUUUAAAGAAUCAAUUCCUGUCUGCCACAUUGACAUUAACAUGCAUAAUGGCACUUAGAGAAUGGGAACUUAUAACCUACUUAUCCAAAAGGAUAUUUUUUUAUUGCCUUGAGCUGAUUUGUUUAAGUGAUAUGACUGACUGAUGCAGUUUGUGGUACUAAAAGUGAUUUAAUGCUGUCCACCAGAGGGCGCUGAUGUAAAUAUGUGGCACGGUAAUGUUGUUGAGAUGGUCAAACUAGUUCUUCAGCAUUAAGACAAAUGCCAAAUUACAAUGCCAAGCUGCUAGUGCACAAUCUGCACUUUAGCCAAACGUCAACAAAUAAUCCCAGUGUGAAUCUCUCAAUGUGAUGCGCACAGGGUUAAUACUCCUCAUUAGGUAACUUGUGCUCCCUCUUCUAGUGUACACUUUUGAAGGGAUAGUUCACACACAAAAAUUAAAACUUCAUUUUCAAGUAGUUCUAAACUUUUAUGAAUUUCUGUCUACUGUUGAACACAUAUUAAAUAUUUUCCAGAAUGCUAAAAAAGCAGCCAUUGACCUCCAUAAUAGGAAGUAAAAAUACUAUGGAAGUCAAUGGCAGUUUCCCGCAUUAUAUCUUUUAUUGUGUUCAAAAAAAGAAACUCAGACAGGUUUAGAACAAAUCAGUUAAUGAGGAUUUUGAUUUUUAGUUGUACUGUCCCUUUAAGUGAGCACUUCACCAUACAAGUCAGGUGUCUUUUUUUUAAGAGUCAUCUUUUUUUAAUGUUUAUUGUACAUAACUCUUAGUGAUGUAAAUUUUACUGUAGAGAGGAGAGCAAUUCAUUGUCUUCUAUGUCACAGCUGAUGAUUUUACAUGUGUAUUAAUAAAUAAAUAUUUUACAACUACA